AUGGCGUGUGGAGAGAGGGAUCCUGCUUCUCCCCUCCUCUCCUCCUCCUCCUCCUCCUCCUCUUCCUCCUCCUCCUCCUCCUCUAGGUUGAGGAUUCUUCUUGGUGCUGGCUGUCUGCUUGUCCUCGUCGUCUCUUCCUCCCUCCUCCACUCGCCACGCGCUUCGGAGAAGUUGCAGCUCGUGAUGGCUCGGCCGUUUCCUCGCGCUCAGCGGAUGCUGAGGAUGAGGAUGCAGAAGCUGGGGCAAGGGAGCAUGUUCCUGAAUCAUCCAGGAUACUUCUCUGUAGGCUCCAAAGGUGGACAGAACGAUGGUUUGACCUACUUGCCUCCGCAAGCCACCCCUGACUGGGCUAAGGGGCGGGCAUGGAACAUUGAUGCAGAACUCCAGGGAGACUGUGUCUGUGAGCAGCCAUACGAUCAAGUCACCAGGGUUGUGAACAAGGAAAUUGUCUGUCAUUGUCCGAGAAAUUUCGUGCCGAACCCGCCGCAGUUUCCAGGCAAUCCCCCGAACCCUACGAGCAUGAAGUACGAGGAUGGAUGCGAGUGUGUUGUAGCAGACACUGAUGAUCACACAAUCUGCACCUGCCCCCUCGAUGAGCUGGACAUGGAGGAUUAUGAUAUGCAUGCUCCUCCCAAGGAAGCAGAAGAGGCUGCAAGUGAACCAUAG